AAACAAGUGUUCUUCGCUCGUGAUAAGGGAGCCGCAAUCGAAAGAUUUCACUAUUUGGUUAAACAAUUACAAAAGCAAAGGCAUAAAAACUAUGCACUCGAGACAGUCGAACGCAUAAUUGGCCUACAUAAACACACACAAAAUGCAAAAGCAAGAGGAGAUCCUGUCGCGCCUCAGGCAAAUCUUGGACACAUUUCUGCGCGAUAACUUUUCCACAACGAACAAUGUUUACUUUGAGAAGCUUCUAACGCACCUUAAGGCGAAAGAUAAUGCCUAUGUGAUGCAGGCGCCUUUUAUUGUCGACUGGGUGGACAGAUGCAUGACCAUGGUGACGGAGGAUUUCAAUAAAAUUCAUCCAAAGGUGAUAUCGUUCAUGUUGAAUCUCACCAGCUAUUUGGCAUCCAACGAAUGGAUGAUUGUGCGCCUACGUGAACUGGACAUAGUGGGCAGAACUAUUAAAUUCCUGCAAACGGACGAUCGUCAGUUUAGUCCGUCAAUCAAGCUGGGUGGCAUACGGCUGAUGAAGGCCGUGGCUCGCUUCAGCAUGGGUCUGGCAUUCAUGCGUAUUCAUCGCACGUGGGCAUUGCUGAUUCAAUACUCGAACAACGAUCACACGUUGUAUGUGGUGCGUGAGGCCAGGCAGGUGCUCUACGAGAUACUCUACAAAUCGUGCGACAAGCUGCACGACAAGGCUGUUACUCUGGAAAUCUUGGCAGAGAUAAUGAAACCUAUUCAUGAUAAUAUAUACAAGACCACAGACCCCGAGGUGCAGGAACGCAUUCACAUUAAUGUGGACGACAAUGAGCUGCUGCACAAGAUCUCCGCCACAUUGGAUCUGCUGUCGUACAUUCUGCAGCAAACGCUGGUGCAUGAUGAGCGCACAAUGCUCAUCUCACUGAUGAAAGAGUAUCAUGACAUGGAACUAACACUUUGGAAGCUUAUCGACAUGACGCACAAUCCGUAUUUUGUGGAGAAAAUCUUCACGGCGCUGAGCAGCUACAACUUUGCCCUGCUGAUGCACGAGAAGCUGCUGAAUCCGGAUGUGACGGAGCCACCCGAAGAAUGUACUGAAUUCGGUUUGUCCUUUUUUAAUCUCAUGAAAUUCUUCAUUACCCGAAGCGACGGCGUGGGCUUUGUGAAAAUGGCCGAACUGAAUCACAUACUGUGGAAGAAGCUCGGCGCUCGUGCGCCCAAGGAGAUUAUCAUACAGCAGGAGCGUGUCACCUUUGAGAAUCAAUUGAUUUGCUUUCACAUGCUGCCGCUGCUCUUAUCCAUGAAGUACGCCCAUCGGGAGUCGGACGAGGCCACGCGCACCGAACUCUUCGACGCUUACAUUUUGAAAUUGAUGGAAAUAUCGUGCGAGCAGACAUUCCGCAUGUGCUACAGCAUGCGUGAUGCAUUCUUUACGACCGAAGGUGUCGCAGUUGGACUGUUCACGCCAGAGUUGGCCAACAAGUGCAUACACAGCAUACUGGCCCUUGAGCAUGUGCUGGACCGCGAGCAGGCCAUUACCGUGUGUCAGGCCUUGCUGUAUGUCCUCCGCGAGGUGGUGGCCAUGAGCUCGCUCGGCAGUUCGGAUCAAGAGGAUUGUCAUAGCGUUAGUAGCGCGUGCAGCUCGGCCACCACCUAUCGUGAUCUGUAUCCACGCGGCACGGAGCUGGUGGUGAAUGAUCCUAAAGUUCUGCAUUCCGUCAUGGUGGGCCUGCGCACGCUCAUUGAACGCUUUAAGAUUACAUGGAAGGAGUCUGUGGAGACGAUUGGCCUUGUCAAUUCUCUGGCCUUUGUGCUGGAGAACACCAACAUGGAUGCGAGAUGCAAUGUGCAAGCCUUGAAGCUCGUGCAGCUGGCUGUGGAGCAUUUUCUGUCACCGAACAUGGCACUGCUGGUGGACAAUUUGCAGGGCUCGGCGUUGGUUUGCUUGGGUCCUAUUAUAGUCAAGCGCAUGCACGAUACCACAUGGGAGGUGCGUGAUACAACGCUAGAGCUAACCACCUCCAUAGCCAGCAUUUCCCGCAUUAAGUUUCCCGCCUUUCAGCAGUUUUUGAUUGACUCAAAGAUACCUCCGAUUGUCUAUGAAAUGGCCAAGAAUGAUUCCGAGAACUAUGUGCGUGCCUCCGCCUUCAAAUGCCUCUCCCAAAUGGUGUCCAUCAAUCUACUCUGGGAGAAUGGACUCAGUCAACUUGAUCUUGUAGACCAUCUUUUGUUUGUGCUUUACCGUGACAAUGAUGAUCUCGUGCGUGCAGAGGCAGUCAUCACAUUGAUGAAGAUCUACGAGCAUCGCAAGAUCCACCAGAAGUACAAGAACACGCUCUUCUCAACCCUCAACUACUGCGUGGUUGGGGAUCAUCACUCGGAGGUCAAGAUGAAUGCUUUGAUGUUUUGGCGUCGGGAGUUUUUCCGGCAGUUCAGCAAUCAGGGCAUGAUCGAUGGCAUCUUUCCCACGGUGACCUUUUCGAAGGAGCAGAAAAAGAUUGUUACGCUGACGGAGAAGGAGAUUCAGACGAGCUUUGCCAAAGUGUUUGGGGAAGUGCAGCAAUACGGUUACUUUGGCAUCAUCAUCAAGUGUCUGCGCGAAGAGGUUUCCACGGAAGUGCUGGAGGUUCUUGUGCACGGCCUUAAAAUAAUGAAUGAAAAGUUUGAGCGCUACAAGGGCAUCAUGGAGGAGGUUGAGUUGAGAUCGCCGCCCCCCAGCAAUGAGCCAUCUUCCUCGUUUAACUUUAAGCCGCAGGAGCCAACGCCACAGCCAUCGGGACGCAGUUCCCCCGUGAAUCCCAACAAGGCGGAUGAGAUUAUUGAGGGCAUUCUGAACUCGCAGGAUGCGCAGCUGCUGGAGACAGCCUUCCAGACACAAAUGCAAAUCAACGAGGAGGGCGAUGAGAAGCGGCACGUGGACGAGUUCUACUACAAACAGUUUGCCAUGCCCUUGCGACAAUUCUUUGUGGAACUGAAGACCAUUGACAUGGACAAGUUGAUUAAACAGCAAGAGGAGUGGUUUGACUGCACAGAGAACUUGACAUCCUUGCUGGAUGAUAUUUUGUGUGCGAUAAAGCGUGAUGAUGAGAAUAUGAUUUCCGAUUGUUACUAAAUUGCUAGUUAAGCUGCACGAUGUGUGUUUUUCCUGAAAUAUAAACUAUUUUUUACAA